AUGCCGACUACACACCGCCAUAAGACGGCGAAUACGACUGCGAACCUACGGACCACGACCACGACCGCGGCCACGGUGGUUCGCGCGACGUCCGCUUACAACCGGACCAGACCGGUUGCCGUCAAAAGCGGUCGCAACCGGAACAGAGUCCGAAGUGGCAGGGGUGGUGGCAGUAGCAGCGGUGGUGGUGGCAGGAGCGGUGGCAGCGGUGGCGGUGGCAGUGGUGGCAUCGGCGACGGUGGCGGCGAUGGUGGUGGUGACGGUGGUGGCAACGGUGCCGUCAACAACCGGACCGAAGGGCCGCUCCUGAAACGGCUGUUGCACAUGGCCACCGCUGCUGUCAGACGCUUCGCGGACCGCGACGGCGGCGGCCGUGGCGACGUGAACAGGUAG